AUGAGUAAGAAGUCAAAAUAUAGUAAGAAGAAAGGAACUACCCGGGCAGAUGUCUCAGAUGAUAUUCGACAAGAAGUGGAAAAUCUCUAUAAGCUCUCAAUGCCUGAAGAUUUCUAUCACUUUUGGAAGUUCUGUGAAGAACUUGAUCCUGAAAAACCAGCUGAUGCACUAUUAACGAACCUUGGACUCCAACUUGUUGGUCCUUUUGAUAUCCUUUCUGGAAAACACAAAGUGGAAAACAAAUCAACAGACCUAAAUUUUAACCUUCACUGGAGGUUUUACUAUGAUCCUCCUGAGUUCCAGACUAUUAUUACUGGAGAUGACAAAACUCAGUUUCACAUGGGAUAUUACAGAUUAUUUUUGGUGAAAAAAAUUAAGGAGGAAACAGAUAAAAAGAAAACUGAUCUUUUGAAGAACAUAGAUGAAAAACUAACAGAAGCAGCCAGAAAGCAGGGUUUUUCCUUGGAACAAAAAAGCAUGAGCAUGAAACAGAGAGAUAAAAAAGUAGUGACAAAGACUUUUCACAGUGCAGGCCUGGUUGUCCCUAUAGAUAAAAAUGAUGUUGGAUACAGAGACCUCCCUGAAACAGAUGCUAAUCUUAAAAUAAUUUGCAAAAUGAUCGUUGAGGCUUCAAGCGAUGAGCAGAGAUUGAAAGCAUUUGCCCCCAUUCAGGAAAUGGUGACUUUUGUUCAAUUUGCUAAUGAUGAAUGUGACUAUGGAAUGGGACUUGAGCUAGGAAUUGACCUUUUUUGCUAUGGCUCCCAGUAUUUUCACAAAGUUAUUGGUCAGCUUCUACCUCUUGCCUAUAAGCUGUUGAAGAGGAAUUUGUUUGCAGAGAUCAUUGAAGCUCAUUUGGCCAACAGAAGCAAAGAAAAUAUAGAUCAACUUGCAACAUGAAUAUAUAAAUGAUAUAAAAGUGUUUGCUUUAAAAAUGUUAAAUGUAGACUAACUUUUGCAACAUGACAAAAAGAUGGUACAAAGAAUGUUUAUUUUUAAAUGUUAAAUGUUUGAUGUUUGGAGCACUAAACUAUUAAAGGGAGUUGGGGGGG